AAUUGUUUUGUAUUUUUUAAUUUAUUAACAUUUUUAACAAUAAUUGUUAAUGAAAUCAGUUGUACGGAUGACAGUAGUAGUAGUAGUGAUAGUAGUAAUGAUUUAGUAAGUGUUAGGUUAAGUAAAGGUGUGGUCAAUGGUCUACGAGAUAGCUAUGAUGGCCACGAUUUGGAUGUAUAUCUGGGUAUACCCUAUGCACAGCCACCGGUAGGUAGGCUACGAUUUCGUCGACCGUUACCACUGGACGACAAACCGUGGACUGAACCGUAUGAUGCCCGACAUUGGGCACCGGCAUGUCAUCAUCAGCACUAUCAUUCAGACUAUAACAACGUAUCGCACAGCGAGGACUGUCUGUAUUUGAAUAUAUGGUCACCGACUAGUGCCCGACAAACUGGUCAGCUAAAGGCAGUCAUGUUUUGGAUACACGGAGGCGGUCUGAUAUGGGGAACGGCUGCCGACGAGUUCUACAACGGGAAAGUCCUGUCAAUACUGGGCGAUGUAGUGGUCGUUACCAUUAACUAUCGGCUGAAUACAUUCGGGUUGCUAUACACUGGCCGGGAUGGACCGGCUCCGGGUAAUCAAGCAUUUUGGGAUCAAUCGCUGGCCAUGGAAUGGGUUCAGGACAAUAUCCGAUAUUUUGGUGGUGAUCCCGGGAGGGUAACCAUAUUUGGCGAAAGUGCCGGUGCAUCAGCCGUAUCCAUGCAUAUAKUAUCGCCAGUUAGUCGACACUUGUUUCGUAACGCUAUACUAAUGUCCGGUGCUGUCGCUACCCGACGCUAUGUUAUGCCAUCACUGGAUUAUGCCGAACAUGUUUGGGCCAGACUAUCGGCUGAAGUUGGUUGCGGUGACAGUCAUAUUCAACCCGAUCAACCCCUCGAUAGCUAUAGGUUUAGCCCGGGUAUGAUUGAUUGUUUGUUGGAGAAACCGGCCCGCGAUCUGAUCAAUAUGAUCGACCUGUGGACAGAUACCCGAACCGGUCUAUUUAUUGUCGAGGACGGCCAGCUAAUGCCCGAUAAUUAUUACGAUAUGUUACAAUCGGGUGAUUUCAAACAGGGUAUGAAUCUAUUGAUCGGUACGGUACAGGAUGAGGGCAGUAUGUUGUUGUCGAUGUUCAAUAGCACCCGAUUCAGUCUACAAUCACCCGAACCGCUUGAUUACGAUAGUGUACGCCAUGAGUACAGACAGAUAUUGCAUAGGUUUCGAGUGGACAGUGAUUAUGUCGACCAGAUUGUUGACUACUAUUUUACUGGACUAUCCCCGGAGUCCAGUAGUAGUAGCGAUCAGUUACGCCAGCAGUUGGCCGUUGCUGUCGGCGAUAUGGUUAUCGGUUGCGAUACUUUAAUAUUUGGACAGUAUAUUCAAGGCGGUGAUCCCAGUGCCCAGGUCUAUCAAUACUAUUAUAAUAUGAAACUGGGUCAGCCUAAAAUGUUAUGUAGCCGAUGGUCGGGUGCCUGUCAUUUUGAUGAUAUAUACUAUCUGUUUGGUAAUCCAUUUAUCAAACCGGACAGUUAUCUCGAUGAGGAACGUCAACUAUCCAGACAUAUGAUUGACGUUUUUAGCACAUUUGCCAAAUCGGAUAGACCUCCCCGACAGUCGGGUGCCCAAUGGCCGGCCUACUAUCAGUUUGAUAAGCAAACUGUUAUCAAACCCUACUAUGAGUUUCGAGAUCAGCAAAAAUUUCCCUCAAAUUUUGGCCACAAUUUAAAAGAUAUUGAAUGUAAUAGCUUUUGGAAACAUUACUAA